UGCGUCGCGCUCCUGCGUUUGUGAUGCAGCUGAAUGAAGCAAUGUGCAGUGAAUGAAUGAUUAUUGAGCGUAACAAUGCAUUAAUGAACGUUAUUUUGUGAGUAAUACGUGUCCACACGUGAGUAACAGAAAGGGUGUGACUCAUUUCGCGCCCUAAAUCGUGAAUCAGUUUAUCAUACACGAAUUCAGCACAAGAAGUGAUAACGGAGCGUUUCGAAACUACGAGUCAUUUGAAUCUAUUGCAUCGCAAACGAUUCCUUUGCUCGAAUCACCGCUGGCGAAACCAGAUGAUCAAAACAGUGCGACUAUAACGAGAACACAAACGUGUAUAACUAUUUUUAUAAACCAUAGCAAAUGUUUCAUGAAAGUGUAUAUUGUUAAAUGUAACAUCUUUAAAUAUCUAAUAUAAAUCGUAGCUCUGACUAGAGGAACACUCAGAGACUUACUGUGGAUUAUUUAUUUUUUUCUGUUACGUUAAUUAUUCUCAUCUUGAACAUGACAAAUUGUCCAAACAGGAAAACUCCUGGAGAAGCAUCUGAGAUCUACGUGACACUAUUAUAAAGAUGGCGUUGAUUAAACAGGAGAGUGAAGACAUAAAGAUUGAAGAAGUGUUCAGCGUGAAACAUGAAGAGACUGAGGAACAAACAGACCUGAUGCUGCUGAAAGAGGAGAGUCAAGAACCGAAUGGAAUGGAAGAAAAAGAUCAGAAUGAGAAACAUGAUUUCAUGACUGGAGAGAAAUCCACAAAGAUGGAAAAGUCUCGCUCACGAAAAAGAACUCAAAAGACCAAACCUAACAAUUAUUUCACUUGCCGUCAAUGUGGAAAGAAAUUCAGUAAAAAACAAAACCUUAAAGUUCACAUGAGAGUUCACACUAGAGCGAAGCCUUUCACAUGCCAACAAUGUGGAAAGAGUUUUACUGUAAUGCACGGCCUUAAAGUUCACAUGAGAGUUCACACUGGAGAGAGCUGUUUUACCUGCCAACAGUGUGGAAAGAGUUUCACUCAAAAACAAAACCUUAAAGUCCACAUGGUAGUUCACACUGGAGAGAAGCCUUUCACAUGCCAACAGUGUGGAAAGAGUUUCACUCAAAAACACAACCUUAACGUCCACAUGAGAGUUCACACUGGAGAGAGCUGUUUUAUUUGCCAACAGUGUGGAAAGAGUUUUACUCAUAAACACAGCUUUAACGUCCACAUGAGAGUUCACACUGAAGAGAAGCCUUUCACGUGCCAACAAUGUGGAAAGAGUUUCACUAAAAAACAACAGCUUAAAGUCCAUAUGGUAGUUCAUACUGGAGUGAAGCCUUUCACAUGCCAACAGUGUGGAAAGAGUUUCACUCAAAAACCAAACCUUAAAGUCCACAUGAGAGUUCACACUGGAGAGAAGCCUUUCACAUGCCAACAGUGUGGAAAAAGUUUUACUCAAAAACACAACCUGGAAAUCCACAUGAGAAUUCACCCUGGAGAGAGUCCUUUCACAUGCCAACAGUUUGGAAAGAGUUUCACUCAAAAACCAAACCUUGAAGCCCACAUGAGAGUUCACACUGGAGAGAAGCCUUUCACAUGCCAACAGUGUGGAAAGAGUUUCACUCAAAAACACAGCCUGGAAAUCCACAUGAGACUUCACACUGGAGAGAAGCCUUUCACAUGCCAACAGUGUGGAAAGAGUUUCACUAAAAAAAACUACCUUAACGUCCACAUGAGACUUCACUCUGGAGAGAGUCCUUUCACAUGCCAACAGUGUGGAAAGAGUUUUACUGUAAUGCAAAGCCUUAAAGUUCACAUGAGACUUCACACUGGAGAGAAGCCUUUCAGCUGCCAACAGUGUGGAAAGAGUUUCACUCAUAAUCACAGCUUUAACGUCCACAUGAGAGCUCACACUGGAGAGAAGCCUUUCACAUGCCAACAGUGUGGAAAGAGUUUCACUCGAAAGCAGCGCCUUAAAGCCCACAUGAGAAUUCACACUGGAUAAAAGCCUUACAACAGUUAUAAAUCUUAGAAAUCAAAUUAUCAUUCACACUGGAGAGAGUUUAUUGGGAGAAAAAAACGUUGUGAUCAGUGUGGAAAAUUUGCACGUAAAGUAACCUUUAAUUGCCACAUGAGACUUCACAUUGGAGAGAAGCCUUUCAUCUGUAAACUGUGUAGCAGUAGUUUUUCACAAGAAGUACUUGCACAGGAGAGAAGCGGUUCAUGUUUGAAAUUGCUGUGAAAUGGCACAACGUAACUGAAUGAUUUUACAUAAAAUUACAAAAACUGAAUGAAAUAAGAACAUAAGGUAACACUUAAUUUUACGGUGUCUGUGAUACAGACUAAUUACUUACAGGAGAACUCCGGGCAAUUUUUUAUUUAAAUCUUGAUCGUUAGACCUUUGUGA